UCACGGAUGGUAAGGUAACUCAACUGUUACGUCUUUCAGCUCUCUCUUUCUCUCUCUCAUUUUCUCAUUUUCGUUCUCGUUCACUCGUGUACCCUUCUCCCUCUCCGAUCCGAAACCCCAUCGCCUCUAACUCUCUCAGAUCUCUCUUUCUCAACCUCACUCAACACUUUCCGCGAAAUUCCCCUAACCUAUUGAACGUAUAUUCGUCUCCUUUUGUCUUUCCUUUUCUUCGCAGCUUUCUGCAAUUGCUUCGCUAGGGUUUCUCCGAGGCAACGGAUUUUCCACUGUAUGCGGCCUUUUAAUUAGGAUUGGAUGACCGUGUGGCGGCAACUAGACUAUGACUUCAAGCAUGUUGAGUGGGGAACGGAGAUGGGCCUCCUCUUCCAGAAGAGGUGGUAUGACUGUUUUAGGGAAAGUUGCAGUUCCAAAACCUAUCAACUUACCCAGUCAGAGGUUAGAAAAUCAUGGUCUGGACCCAAACGUGGAGAUUGUUCCCAAGGGUACACUCAGCUGGGGUAGUAGAUCAUCAUCUUCUACAUCUAAUGCAUGGGGUUCUUCUUCUCUGUCCCCCAAAACUGAUGGUGGUGCUAGUUCGCCCAGUCACCUCAGUGCCCGUCCAUCAUCUGGUGGAAGUGGCACACGACCUUCUACUGCUGGCAGUGAUAGGGUUCUUGAGCCUACUGCUAAUUCAUGGGGGACGAAUUCUCGGCCUUCAUCGGCAUCUGGGAUACUGUCAAAAACUCAGUCUUCAUUGACAUCAUUGCGUCCUCGGAGUGCAGAAACUAGACCUGGCAGCUCUCAGCUAUCCCGAUUUGCUGAACCCUUGACUGAAAAUUCAGGUGCCUGGAAUGCUGCUAGGACUACAGAAAAACUGGGUGUUACACAACCCAAGAAUGAAGAAUUUUCUCUAAGCUCUGGAGACUUUCCAACCCUUGGUUCUGAUAAAGAUAAGUCUGUUCUGAAUUCUGAGCUGCAAGACCAAAAUUCUCAAGCUCACCCUGACUCCUCUUCUGAACUCAGGAAAGAGAUAAAUGAUACUCCUGGUAUUGAAGAUGAUCAUGUAAAUGCAAAUAUUAAGGGUGAAAGUGUAAAUUCUUGGAGGAGAGAUUAUCAGGUUUAUAACGAGGAAGGUGUGAGGCCGCCAGGCAUAGAGAAAUGGCAGGGAAACUCCCAGCUUUAUCCUAAUGCUGGUAUUCCUCCUCAACACUAUGAAGCUUGGCAUGGUCCUCCAGUAAAUAACCCUCAGGGCUGUGUUUGGUUCAGGGGUCCUCCCAGUGGUCCCCCAUUUGGAAAUCCUGUUACUCCAAGUGGCUUUCCAAUGGAACCAUUUCCAUAUUACCGUCCACAUAUGCCCCCUGCUGGUCUUGCAAACCCUCCCCCAGUUCCCCCCCCUGGAGCUGGACCACGAGGGCACCAUAAGAAUGGAGAUGUCUACAGGCCUCAUAUAGCCGAUGCCUUUAUUCGCCCAGGCAUUCCUAUGAGACCUGGGUUUUAUCCCGGUUCAAUGGCUUAUGAGGGAUAUUACAGUCCUCCAAUGGGCUAUUGCAAUGCAAACGAGCGAGAUGUUCCUUUCAUGGGAAUGCCUUCUGGACCUCCUGUCUUUAAUAGGUACUCAAAUCAAAAUCCUCCUGAACCUGGCAAUGCACAUGGUAGGUCUGCUGGAUAUGGUAAUACUGGGAAGCAAUUGACUUCAGAGCAAGUGGAAUCUGGCCAUCCUCCUGAUACUGCUGGACCAUACAGAGUCCUUCUUAAGCAGCAGCCCGAAUCAGAUGGGAAAAACAAAUCAACAAAUUUUGAGGAUUCAGAGAAAACCAAUGCAUUAUAUGCUGAUGGUCGGGGCCAACCUAGAAUGACUGUUUGGGAGAAUGAGCCAAGAUCAAACUACAGAAAGAAUGAAGAUAUGGAUCUGAGGACGAUUAACCGUGGUGAAGUUUCCUCUCAGACUUCAGAAAAUCAAGUAUCUAGUUCUUCUGUCAUUAAGGGCAAAUCUCCUGAAAGUUCAGGAAACACAAAACUUGAUGAUAAUUCAGCGAGGAAAUUGGAGGCUGUUGCCUCAGAUAUGCUAGAAAUCUCCCCUAAACCAUCUGCUCCAAAAGAUGCCAGUCUAAUUCAAAAGAUCGAGGGUUUAAAUGCAAAGGCUAGGGAUAAUUCAUCUGCUAGAUUUAGAGAGGAGCAAAGGAGUAAAUUUCAUACCAGUAAUGCUGUGAUAGACCAUGUGGAAAAUACUGUUGGUGCUGAUGUGUUUCCAGCACGUAGUAAUGCCACAGAAAUCAUAAAUCCUGCCCAUCAUGAAAUGGGUGCUCCUGGUGCAGGAAAGAAUUUUGAAUCCUUGUCUUCCAGUGGAACUGCCACAUCCAGGCAAUCUGCUCAUGGAAUGCAAGGUAGAGGUGAUCAUCGUAACAAAGGAAGAUCAAACAAUCUAGAUGCUGAUGGUUGGCGAAAGAAAUCUGUGGUUGAAGAUUCUUUAGCCUCAUCAGGUGUACAGUUGGAAGCAUCUCAUGUUCUUGUGGGUGACCAUCAAAUAUCUGUUCAGACCUAUGACAGGUCCGGAUCCUAUAACCAAGCAAGGCACUUUGGAGAAUCUGUUCAAACCUGGUCUGAUUCUGGUGACAGCCAUGCACAGCGUGCCAAAAUGAAAGAGUUAGCCAAGCAACGGACUAGACAACUGCAGGAGGAAGAGGAGGAACGGACAAGAAAGCAAAAGGCAAAAGCUCUUGCUAAGUUGGAUGAGUUAAACAAGCGAUCUCAAGCAGGAGAUGGACCAACUCAGAAAGAGUAUAUUACAAAUCCUCAAAUGCAGGAAGAAGAGGAAUGGGCAAGAAAGCAAAAGGCUAAUGCUUUUGCAAAGUUGGAUGAGUUAAACAAGCAAUCUCAAGCAGGUGAUGGCUCAUCUCAGAAAGAGUAUGUUACAAAUCCUGCCAUCCAUAAUAAGCCAGAGGAGUUGCAACCUUCUGAGUCAAAAACUACAGCUGUCAAUUCUGCUGUAAAUUGUAAUGCCUUGUGUCAGGUAAAUGAACCCAGCAUUAGUAGAGCGGAAAAAUCACCAGUCUUGCUUGUCGAACCAACUGUUGAGACACUUAAAAGUUCUGUCCAAGAGCCUAUUCUGAAGCAGAAUCAAGUUGUGGCCCUGCAUCAUGAUAUUAAUAAUGCUGAUGCUACCAAUCCCUUGCAUGCUCAUAACAAUGUUGCCUCAAAGCAGAAGCGAAUGAGCUAUAAACAGAAGCAAAAUCUUCCUUUUGAGAAAACAUCAAGUGACAAAAUUGUCUCUACCACCUCAACUGCCCUGAAAGUUGAGAAUGAGGCAAGGAUUGAUGUUUCUCUCUCUUCUGGUGGUGUUACAAACGAAAUUGGUGCAGCCUGUGGCUCUGACUUCAAUUCAGCUGCUGUGGUUGAGUCUUCAGCAAACCCAAAAAAGAAGAAUAUUAGGAAUAGUAAAAACAAACAGAAACAUGAAGAAAGUUCAACUCAGGCUGUACUACCAAUACCAAAAGAAACCAAUCUUUCCAAAAGCUCGGUUGAAGGUGACAAGUCCAAGGCUUCUGACUUUGAGUUAGAACAGGGUGUACUUCAACCGGUGCCCCUAUCUAAAGAUCCAAAUCCGUUUCCAGAGCAACACAGAUAUUCAUCAAAUGAAGAAUCCCAUGGCAGACAGAAUAGCCAGUGGAAAUCACAGCAUUCUCGUAGGUUGCCAAGAAAUAUGCAGACCAAUAGACCAGCAGAGAAAUCCCAUGGGACUGAUGCUGUGAUGUGGGCACCCGUUAAACCACAGAACAAGAGUGAGAUCAUGGAUGAAUUAGUGGAUAAAAGUAAAACUGAGGCAGUUAAUCCUGUAAAGAAUGAGGAGCAGGUGCAUAAUUCAAAAAAUAAGAGGGCAGAAAUGGAGAGAUAUAUUCCAAAACCUGUUGCAAAAGAAAUGGCUCAGCAAGGAAAUAUUGUACAGGUAGCUUCGUCAAGCAAUCAGUCUCUUACUAAUGAUAGCAUUGGGAGAGUUGAUUCCGGGUCACAGGGCCCUCAAGUCAUUCAGCAUACUAAUACAGUUGUUGGAAAAGUGGGUUCUGGUAUGGACUCUAAAAUUAGAGAUGGCAGGCAUACUAAGCAGGGAAAAGCACAUGGGUCGUGGCGGCAACGAAAUAUAACUGAAUCAACUAAUGUGCAUGAUGAACUGGACCAUGAUUCAAACUCUGAACCAAAUGUUCAGAAACCAACAGAGCAUUAUCAUGGUCACAAGUCUGAAGUAAGCUCUGUGAAAGGAGGGCAAACCAAACACUUCAGUGACACUGGUGAAAUCGAUGGUUCUAACAAUUCUAACUCUAAUGAUUCAGCUGCUUGGGCUUCAGCUCCUGUUAAAGAUCAUGCUGCAACAGGCAGAGGGAGGCGGGCCCCUUUCAGAGGACACAAGGGCGCAGGAGGGAACCGUGAAGUUGAUAACAAAAGAAAUUCUUGGGAGGCAGACAAAGUUGAAACCCUUAUUUCAUCUUCUGAACAUGGUCAACCCGAUAUUGGGAUGGCUUCUAAAGAAAAUCGAGGUGUGGGUGAACGUUUGAUGUCUCAGUGGCAACCUAAAUCUCAAGCAUCUAGUAAUCACAGAGGAAAUAUAUCAAGUGACCAGACUGUUAGCUCGGUAGUUGUUGGAGGUAACAAAACGGAUCCCACCCACGACGGGGAAUCUCUUCCAUUGAGCCGUGGCAAGAGUUCCAAUGCUCACGUCUCACAGCCUUUCUAUGAUCAACCAAUCUCUGAGAAAAGCAAGGCUGGGGAAGCUCCCCAUUUUAUUAACCAAGAGGGUAAGAAAGAGAGAAGACAUGCUCCAUCAAAAAGGCAACACUACUCCCCGAAUCUAGCUUCUGUUACCUCAAUUGAGCAGGCUCCAACAGGUCCAGAUCUUUUGCAGGACCAACGCCCAUCGUCUGGGUCUGGAAAAAAUGUGAACCAAAAUCGGUUUCGAAGAGGACAUGAAUCACAUGGAAAUUUGAAGCUACCAACCCAGGAUAAUCGUCAUUAUAAUCAACCUACAAACCGGGAAAGGCAGGGCCCGAGCACGCAUCACGAGUAUCACGCUCUUGGCACAUAUGAUGAUGGAAAAUCGGACAACUUUGAAAGACCUAAAAAUGGUAGCCAUGGUGAAAGAAGAUUCAGGGAAAGAGGUCCAACUCAUUCACGCCGAGGUGGUGGUAACUCUUAUGGACGCCAGGGUGGUUUUGAAUCUUAUGAUUAGACAUGCUGAGUUAGUCAGUUGUGGAGAUACUUUCGUAAGGCAGUCUUUUUUUGUCAUCCUUCAGAAGCCACACUCCCCAUCAACUGUGCUUCUAUAUUAAGCCGAGCUUUCAGGGCUAGGAGCGAUGAAGAUGGUGUCCCCGUUUUUGUGGGGGGCUGGGGGCAUAAAAGGGUUUCGUGGAUAGAGUUCCCUGUGGUUGAUUGUUAUUUUUCUAGUGUAUCUGAUUGAAAAUUAGUAAUUUGAUGGCAUUUUGUUUCUUAAUCCAAGUAUGGAAUACUUGACACAUGUUUCAUCGUGUCUAUUGCUAGGGAUAACUAGGAUACCAAAGAGAGAACGUGUGUUCUGCGGUGCCCUUUUCCUCUUAUUUUGGCUGGAAAAUAUAAUGAUAUAUGCUCACGCGUUUGCGCAAUCUGAGUAAAUAUAAAUUUUAAUUGGGA